CGCGAGGCCUGUCCCCUCCUCAACCGUUCGACCCCCGGAAGAAGGAGCUUGCGCGGCGGUUGUUGCCAACAUGGCGGCUGCCUCCUCCGUCGUGAGGGGAGCGGGAGGCGGCGGCGGCGGCACCGGAGGCGGCGGUGGUGGUUGCAGGAGGAGCAGGAGGAAGGCGCUGCCCCAGGAGCCCUGAGAGGGAGACGGGACCGCCUUGGCCUCCACGACGCCUCCCUCUCCCCGCGCCGCCAUGUCCUUCUUCAGGAGGAAAGUGAAGGGCAAAGAGCACGAGAAAGCAGCGGAAGUGAAGGCAAUUAAAGCUGCAGCACCGGUACAUUCCCCGCAGAAAAGCACCCGGCACCAUGCCUUGCUGGAGGCUGCCAGCCCCAGCCCCGUGGCUAUCAACGCCAUCUCGGCCAACAUGGACUCCUCCAGCAGCCGCACGGCGGCUCUCAAGAAGCAGCCCAGCCACAUGGAGGCUGCCCAUUUUGGAGACCUCGGCCGAUCCUCUCUGGAUUAUCAGGCUCAAGAGACCAAAUCCAGCCUUUCCAAGACGCUUCAGCAAGUCCUCCGGGACGCUGUCGGCCUCCCCUAUUUCAUCCAGUUCAUGGAACUGCGCCGCAUGGAACACCUUGUCCGAUUCUGGCUGGAGGCUGAGAGUUUCCACUCCACCACGUGGUCCCGCAUCAGAGCAGACAGCCUGAACACCGUCAAACACAGCUCCCUGGCCGAGCCGGUUUCCCCUUCCGCCAAGCAGUACGAAAGCGCCACGUCGGCGUCUUCGUCCUCUGAGCUGCUUGAUGAGCGCCUGGAGGGUUGCGGCCCGGCUCGGCUCUCACCCGCCCGGCUGCUGGCCGCUGAACUAAACGGCCAGACUCUGGGCAUCCAGAACCGUCUGCGGCUUUGCCAGGCUGGUGGUGGCAAAGCCCGUCUUGGGUUUGGAACGUCUGAGGCAGAGGACUGUCCUGUUCCAGAUGAACCUCCAGACUCUUCCAAAGUCUCAGUAUCCAAUAGAAACAGCCCCCUCUUUGCACUAAAGGACUUGUCAGGAAAACUCAUGAAAAGUAUAGAACAGGAUGCAGUUAUGAUUUUUACCAAAUAUAUCUCUCCCGAUGCUGCUAAACCAAUACCAGUUACAGAGUUGAUGAGGAACGACAUAGUGGCAAAGAUUUGUGGGGAGGACGGAAAAGUGGACCCCAACUGCUUCGUCUUGGCACAGUCGGUAGUGUUUAAUGCCAUGGAACAAGAGCAUUUUAUUGAAUUCCUGCGGAGCCACCAUUUCUGUAAAUACCAGAUCGAGGUGCUUACCAGCGGGACCGUCUACCUGGCUGACAUUCUCUUCUGUGAAUCCGCCCUCUUCUAUUUCUCCGAGUUCAUGGAGAAAGAAGAUGCCGUGAAUAUUUUACAGUUCUGGCUCGCGGCGGAUAACUUCCAAUCUCAGUUGGCCGCCAAAGAGGGCCAGUAUGACGGCCAGGAGGCCCAAAACGAUGCUAUGAUCUUAUAUGACAAAUACUUCUCCCUCCAAGCCACUCAUCCUCUGGGUUUUGAUGACUCCGUCAGACUGGAAAUAGAGUCCAACAUCUGCAGGGAAGGAGGGCCACUCCCUAACUGCUUCACCACUCCCUUGCGGCAAGCCUGGACCACCAUGGAGAAGGUUUUCCUUCCCAGCUUCCUCUCCAGCAACCUCUACUACAAGUACUUGAACGACCUCAUCCAUUCGGUCCGGGGAGACGAGUUUGUCAGCGGGUGCGUCGCACUGACUGUCCACGGCCCUGGCAGCGCCCCUGACCACGACUCCCACGUGGGUGCCCCACUGGACGGUGCGGCUCCUUCCUUGCAGUCCAGCCUCAAAAAGGCUAAUGUAAAAAUCCUGAAAAACUUUGACGAAGCAAUAAUCGUAGAUGCCGCCAGCCUGGAUCCGGAGUCCCUGUAUCAGCGGACAUACGCUGGGAAAAUGACAUUUGGGCGAGUGAGUGACUUGGGCCAGUUCAUCAGAGAGUCCGAGCCGGAGCCUGACGUGAAGAAGUCCAAAGGGUCCAUGUUUUCACAAGCAAUGAAGAAAUGGGUGCAGGGAAAUACAGACGAGGCUCAAGAAGAGAUGGCCUGGCGGAUUGCGAAGAUGAUUGUCAAUGACGUCAUGCAACAGGCACAACCUGACCCCGCUGCAGAAAAAGUGACAAAGCUAUGAUCUUUGGCAUUCCCAGGCAAGGGGAUGUUGGGCUUUCUGCCGCUGAAGAGGAUUGUGUUGCUUCUUUCCUCAACUCGGGGUGGAGGGGAACCCCUGUUGGUCGAGUUCUCCUUUGACACAAGUCAGUGGGAAACCAAGUACUGUAAUCUUCAACCAGCUGAUGUGCAUCCCUUUUAGGACAAACUUUUGGGAGAGAUGCGGAGGUAGGGGUGGCAAAAGGAGAGCCCAGACUAAAUUAAUUUGCUUCCUUCCUGCACCGGGGCCCCGAAUUCCCAGUUGAAGAGUUGCAUUCCUGGCAAAAGGUCCCACCAGCUCCCUCUGCGAAGGAUUACUGAACUUGGAAGUGGAGUACAGUUCAUGUUGAGAGGACUGCAGAUAGAUCCCCCCCUCUGUCCCCCCCUCACCCUGGUUCCUGGCUGAGAUAUUUCCCCCCCCUUUCAAAAAUCUGCAAUCAGAAAGGCACAGGGCAUCUUAACCCGUCAGAGGGCUGAACUGUUGGAGGUGAACGGUCUUUAAACUGCUGGAGCCAUUUUGAGUUUUCUUUUUACUUGAAAUGUUCUGAAUACAAGUUACUGGACCUUCCCUUCUUCUCUUACCUUUGGGUCAGUCCUGAGAAAAGAGCAGACUCUGAUUGCAAGUGACUUCCAAUUCAACUCUCUUUGGUUCUUAACUGAAGUUUUUCCCCAUUCCUUGCUUCUGAGAAUGCACAACGCCAUCCUUCCCAUCCCAUCCUGCAGCAAGGAGGGUGUGCUGCCAGGGACUGAACUACAAGCCGAAGAAAACGUCCUUUGUGUCCUGGGUUCCCCCAUUUAUUUUUAUUUCUUUUUGCUUCGUGAAUGCUCCCGUUGGACUGACGCAGUCUCUCUUUCCCCCGUUCAGAUUCUGUUCUUCUAGUUGCCAGUUUUAAGGCAAUUUUCCCCUUAAUAGUUUUUUGUAACCUUUUGGGGAUUGGAAGCAAUUUUCAUACAACCUGAAGCAACAACACUUCCAUCGUUCCCGCACCUGCAACAGGCAGGUAAUUUUCCAGAGUAUUCAGAGCACUCAACAUGGGGUCCACUCCGUGUGUCUGUGUGUGUGCGUGCACAAGUGUUUUUCCUUAUACCUUUACUUCUGUUGAAACAUUUUCUGUUUGGAGAGUUUGUUUUUCAAUUCCCAUUUGCUUUUGUUCCCUGAAGACUUGUGUAAAAGAAAAAACAAACACAACCCAAAUCACCCGUAGGAGACCCUCCACGAUUUGUCUCCAGUGUUUUGAAAGUCUCGGUGGAUGAAGCAGGCAUUCUAUUGUUGCAAUAUCUGAUCUAGCAAGGCACUCUGUGUUGGUCUGCUAGAAGCAAAAAGCUAUGUAUAUGUUUUUUGGUACUGUGUACCACCAUCUUAUUGUCUCAUGCGCAAGUAUUCAUGUACUUAAAAAAAACCCCAUAUUUAAUUGUGUUUUGAUUGAAAAUAUAU